AUGAAGAGCACGUCGAACGCUGAUAUCGGGGUGCUGCCAGAGGAAACAGCUACAAGUUCAAUUCUGACGCCGAGUUGUAACUACAAGAAGCUCUGUAGUAAUCUCUCAGCCUACAUGGACGUCUCUGGCCAGCUUCGAGCAAAACGUAAGGAAGUCUAUGAAGCCGAUCAGCGUAGGGAGCUGAAGGACCAACAAGCAGCACUCGAUUUGUCGGUUGAGGUGGCCAAGUUAAAGCAUUUGAGUGACAGGAUGCGGCUGUUGGUAUGCGGACAACUUCGGGAGGUCAUCAACGAGAUUCAUCAACAUUUGAAUAUCACAUCGAAACAGACAAACGAUGGUUCUGCCAAUGCAAUUGAAACGAAUGGCUACACGUUAGAGCUCGCCGACAAAUGCACCGAGUUGCUGCACUCCAUCACUUUCACUGCCAUCAAAGAGGAGAUAUACGAGAAGGAACGGCUACAGAGCAAUGCCCUACUGCACAACGGCAAGAGUACCGCGUACAUUGUUCUGCGCAGUCGCUGGCGGCAACAACUAUCGGACAAACGGUUCGACAGCGUGCGAGUGAAGCUCCUGCAGCUCAUCAAGUCUCACGACGCGCUUGGCUACGCGAUGAACGAAGUCCGCACUCAGCAUGCGGCUGAGCGAUCGCGUGAUGCGGAGGCGGAUUUAGUGGAGGCUGACCAGCACCUCGUCAGCUUCCUGCGCCUCAUCGCAGCAGCGAACAAGGACAUGAAGCAAGUGGAGCAACAGUCGAGUGUAUCGUAUCUCCUCGCCAUGCAGGUUCUUGAGACUGCUCAGCGCACCAACGACAUCGCGGAAGAGUUCAAGGCUCAGUGUACCUACCUGCGCGCGCAAUCCCGCAAGCAACGAAAGCGAACCCACCCAGACGAUAUGCCGUGCCUCGUUAUCCUUGCCGUGGUGGUGGCGGUUUGGUAUCUGUUUUCUCGCUGA